UGUGUUUACAGCUGAGAGGACAGCGUCUGAAUCAGGUCUGGAUCAGGUCUGAAUCCGGUCUGAAUCCAGCCUGCAGGAGGAGGUUGUUGAGAUCGAUCAUUGAUCGAGACAGUGUCCCUGACCUGACGUGGAGUGAGUGGACAGUCAGCUGAUGGCUGCAGGAGACACAAGGAUCCUUUAAAUGUGGUUCAUGUGCGAGAGCAGGUUCAAUGCUCCGCCUGAGGACCUCUGCAGAAGAAGAAAAGAGCAGUGAGAUCUCCCACCUCAGACGAGCCGUGUUAGAAAACAAUGACCAGCUCCUCAAGGAGAUGCUUUGUCAAGAAAUCUACAAGAAAGUCAUCAACUGCAGAGGCGGCUGGGGGAUCGCAGGCACGCCUCUACACGCCGCCGUCUCCAGAGGUCACCUCAGCUGUCUGCGGGUCCUGCUAGCCCACGGUGCCUGGGUGGACUCUGUGGAUGUCAAGGCUCAGACGCCCCUCUUUGCGGCCGUUCGUGGGAAGUACCUGGACUGUGUUGUAGCGCUCCUCGGUGCUGGUGCUAACCCGAACGGGAACUCCUCCAACAACUGUUCCCCCGUCCUCACCGCCGCUCGGGAGGGAGAUGUGACCAUACUGAAGGAACUGCUCAAACACGGUGCUGAGGUGAACUCCCGCUCCAAGGUCUUGCUCUGGACGUCCAGUGCCAGAGUGUCCAGUGGGCCGCUGUACUUGGCUGCCGUUUAUGGACACAUGGAGUGUUUCAGACUCCUGCUCCUCUACGGGGCAGACCCAGAUUACAACUGCACUGAUGUGAAGCUCCUGAGCUCCAUCAAGCAACCCAAAACCGUGCUGGAGAUGUGUCUGAGGCACGGCUGCGGAGUGGAGUACAUACAGCUGUUGAUUGACUUUGGGGCGAACGUCUACCUCCCGACGCUGAUUAUCGAAAAGUCCACGAAGCAGAACGAGGCCGUGGAGCUGCUUCUGGAGGAACGAGGAAAUCCAAAGGCCUUGACUUCACAGUGCCGACUCGCCGUCAGAAGAUACCUCAAAAAGAUCCGAAAGAUCCACUGCAUCGAGCAGCUGGACAUGCCAACAAGUCUCCUCAACUUCCUGCAGCACAAGCCUGUCCCCGUCACCGUGCUUUAGGACAGCAGCAUAUUUAAAUCUGACCUUUUUGUUUUACGUGUGGAGACGACAGGCGACCUUUCUCUUUCUUUUAUAACCUCUGUGUGAUCUGCUCAGACAGAAAUAAAACAUGGAAUAUGUGGA